GGGAGCCAGCCCCUCCUCGACGAUCACACCCGCCGCCCAUCCCAGCAGAGACGGCCAACAAAGAAGGCGGCCAGGCCCUGUUCGAAGGUUGCGUCCAGCCGCUCGUCCCGGGUACACAAUCUACAAGAAGGGAGGCCAGCCCCUCCUCAACGAUCGCUUCCCGACGCUCGCACCUGUAAAGAAAGAAGAAGAAAAAAGAGGAGAAGGCCUCGAGCCCCUCCUCGACGGAAACGACCGAUAAAAUGGCAUCUAGCCCCAUCUCGACAAUCACGACCCGCUGCUCGACUACAUGAUCUAGAAAAGAGGGAAUCCAGUCCCCCUACAGGAUAGCAUCCUCUUUGCUGUCGCAUCCUGCCAAUAUCCUCCAGCUCGCAUUGGUCCGGGUAAGAUGACUUUCUAAGCUCCCCCUCAACAAUUCUGCUACACCUUAACCUCAGCCCGCUCGCGUACGUCCUGCGGUCCUCCUUAUGACCCGAUGACUCUAAGCUCUAGCAUGACGUAAGAAGGCAAUCUUUCUCUUCAGCCAGCCCAGGAACGAGUUCGACCGAGCCGGCUCUGCCGAACGUCCUCUUCCGACGUUGCGGGAAUGCGCUGUAACCAUCGAAUGGGGAGAUGGAUUUGACAUCUGCGGGACAUUGAUUAUCCCGAGGCCAACACGCUGUGGUAUUUGGCCAUUUGCGGGCCACCACCAAUCGCAACCAGGACUAGCCUUGUUGCUGGGACGUUUGUUGAUGGGACAUCUGGCUGCCUCCGCGAGUUCCG